AUGGUCCGCUUCGUUACUCUUUUGGGGCUUGCUGCCCCGGCCUUCGCUGGUGUCAUGCAGCAGAAGGAUGUGGCUAGCUCUGCUGUCGCGGCCGCUCCUGUUGAGAGCCAGGCGUCUGCUGGUGCUCCUAAGUGGACUAUGGGUCCGGAUGGGCACAUGUCUGAGUGCAAGACUACCCCCACCACGACUCCCACCACGACCACGACCACGCAGAAGUCCACUACCCCGUGCACCACGACCACCAAGCCCUCGACCACGCCGUCCACUACCACUACUCCGUGCCCCACCCCCACGACCACGACUACCUCCAAGGUGACCACGAAGCCUCAGAAGUCCACCACCAUCACCAUUGUGACCACCUCCUGCCCUGUUACUUCGACUACCAUCACCGAGGGCAGCACGACCAAGGUCGUCCCGGUUACCCAGACUAGCUCCGUCACCCUCGUCAAGACCAUCGUGAACAGCGAGGUUGUUAGCUUCCAGAACGCUACUGCGCCCCCGGCUGCUCCGACCGCGGUGCCGCCCGCUCCUCAGUCUGCGGCCCCUGCUCCUGCUGCUCCUGCUGCUCAGUCUGCUGCUCCCGCUGCUCCCGCUGCUCAGUCUGCUGCCCCCGCUGCUCCCGCUGCUCAGUCUGCUGCCCCUGCUGCCCAGCCCGCUGCUGCCGCUCCCGCUGCUGCGGCGCCCGCUGCUCAGUCUGCUGCCCCUGCUGCUCAGCCCGCUGCUGCUCAGCCCGCUGCUGCCGCUCCCGCUGAGUCUGCUGCCCCUGCUGCUGCCGCUCCCGCCGAGUCUGCUGCCCCUGCUGCUGCUCACUCUGCUGCUCCUGCUGCUGCCGCUCCGGUCUCCCCUGCUGAGUCCGAGCGUCCCAGCGCCCCCGCCCAGCCCGCCACCUUCAAGGGUGCCGGUGCCAUCGUCGAGCCCGCCAUGGGCUUCGUCGCUGUCGUUGCUGGUUUCAUGGCUCUCCUGUAA